CUUGGCACGUCAAGGAUCAACACUGUCAUGCAUCCAAUCCGACUCGCUGCUACGCAACUGCUCACGUCUCACCGCAACAGCUCAUGUUUGGCCUAGUUGAGAAACUAAGACGACCGCUGCAGCCGUCGUGCCGCAAUGAUGCUAGUGAUCUUGCCGCAAGUACAUACAAAGGCGCAGCGCUCAGCCGCCAUCCUGAAGACGGGGAGCGCUGAACCACCUGACUGAGCUGCUGACCCUCAUUUCUUGUCUUGUCUUGGAGCACAUAAGGCAUCUAAGUACAUGCGCCGCAUACAGAGGUCACACUAUCUAGUGCGCCAUUCACGAUGAAAGACCAGCCGACCUUAGAAGGCGCCUAUCACGCCGGCAAGCAAAGAUGGCAAGAGACGGAUGAAGAGAAGGCUUUUCGCAAGCUCGCUGGCUUCCACGAAAUAGAAAGCAAAAUGCCGUCGAUAGGAACGAAACGCAAGAGCACCUUCGUGGACAGCUUUACCAGUUACUUUGGGAAGGGCAACCCCUUCGCGAGCCCGGUGGACGCAAAUCGACAUGUUGUAUGGCUGUUUGACAACACCGCAUAUCAAGAAAAAGGGUCCGGGGCAUGGAAUGCAGAAGUAGUCUCGAGCUUCUUUGUGAAAAACUCGGGCAGAGACGAAAGCCACGUCAUCGCGACUUUGGCUUCCAUCCUGGGAAUAACUGAAGAUGAGGAGGCAAAGGAGACGUUGGAACGGAGACUACGCCCUAUGUUGGACACUGUCUUGCCAUCGCACACGGUCAAGAUCUCGAUCGGGGGCGACAAGAACGACCUGCGCAAGCUUGGACCGGGCGAUAGGGAUGGCAUAAGCAACGACAUCGUCACCUUCAAGGGCGAUUUCAAGGACGGUGAAACUUUAACCUCGAACGCGGUCGGAAUCAAGACGGCCAUGCCGCUCACAACCACCUUUGCCGCUCAAACAGGCUGGGCCGUGAUCAGUGACAUCGACGACACCAUCAAGAAGACCAUGACGGCCUCGCCGAUCGGCAUUCUGCGCACAACCUUCGUCGAAGAGCCAACACCUAUUACAGGCAUGCCAGAGCUGUACAAGCAAAUCAGUGUCGCCCUCAACAAUCCUCCUUUUUGGUAUUUGUCCGCUUCUCCUUACAAUCUCUAUCCUUUCUUACGCGAGUUUCGUUCGGCGUACUACCCUCCGGGCACGCUGAUUCUCCGAGAAGCGUCUUGGAUGAAUCUCGCUGGCUUCCUGACGUCCCUAACCCAAGGAACCGAGGCCUACAAAGUCGACCGCAUGAAGAAGCUGCAGGCCUGUUGGCCACUCCGCAAGUUCUUGUGCAUAGGUGACAGCACGCAGAGUGACCCGGAGGCAUAUGGCGAGAUGUUCAGAAGCUUCCCUGGCUGGAUUGGUGCAAUUUUCAUCAGGAAAGUUGUCGACGUCGAGCCCAUGGAUGAGUCAGAGAAGAACAAACCGGAACGAUUUGAAAAAGCGUUCAAAGAUGUACCAAGGGAGGUGUGGACUGUCUUUGACGACCCCAAGGAGCUGGUGAGUAGGGUGGAGCAGUUGGCUACACAAGUCAUUUAGUUGGGAGGAUUUUGGGACAGCACGUAAGUUUCGAGCUUGGGUUGGCCUUUCCCCAGAUAUAUACCCCCUCCCAUUUAUUUUGUUCUCCCGCAUUCUCACUGGUGUGUUUUCACUGUUCGAUCGUUUGAGUUCACUGUUAGAUUUCUUAGCUGGGCUUGGUAUUUGUUGUCCUCGUUGCACGCACCAAAGUUCUCUAGCGAGAGGCCCCCCAUAUGAUUGAGCAGGAUCGACGCCACUGGGGGGCAGAUAUAUCAAGACGGCGUGUGUAUCGUAAAUGGGAACGCCCAUCGCUGGUAAGGCACGAUGGACCUAGGAAGCUUUAAUGACAUGUUGAUUCAAGAAUUGUGCUCGCUUCUUUAGAAUGGCAUCGCGAUUUUGUAAGCUCGAAUUCUUUGUGGGCGUCCAACCAUGUGUGAAAAUUCUCAAGCCUGCAUGUUCAGUGCAGUAUGGAUAUACAUAGUUAGAGCUCUAAAUUAGGGCAAGAAAAUCUACAAGAUAUGCUGACCGCC